UUCUAGAAAGUGAAGUUUUAGGGCAUUUGACGAUGAGCAGCAUUGGCACUGGGUAUGAUCUAUCGGUGACGACCUUCUCGCCGGAUGGCCGAGUGUUCCAGACCGAGUAUGCGAGCAAGGCGGUCGACAAUAGCGGGACCGCUAUCGGAGUUACUUGCAAGGACGGGGUAGUAUUGGGAAUAGAGAAGCUAACUCCAUCUAAGAUGCUCGUCGAGGGAUCGAACAAGAGAAUACAUCAUGUUCACGAGCACGCUGGAAUGGCGGUGGCCGGGCUUGCAGCCGAUGGACGCCAGGUCGUUGCUCGUGCUAGAGCGGAGGCAAAGAACUACCUGAGUUUCUAUGGCGAAGAGAUUCCCACGAGUCAUCUCUGCGAGCGAGUUGCGAGCUACGUACACUUGUGUACACUUUAUUGGUGGCUGAGGCCGUUCGGCACUGGAGUAAUACUUGGCGGGUACGACAGAGAUGGGCCGCAACUUUACAUGAUUGAACCUUCCGGUGUUUCGUAUCGCUAUUUCGGUGCAGCGAUUGGCAAGGGGCGGCAAGCUGCGAAAACUGAGAUCGAGAAGCUAAAGCUGUCCGAGAUGACUUGCAAAGAGGCUGUUUUCGCCGUUGCCAAGAUCAUCUACGGAGUUCACGACGAAGCCAAGGACAAAGCCUUUGAACUGGAAAUGAGCUGGAUUUGCGACGAGUCGAACAAGGAGCACCAAAAGGUGCCUGCAAACCUCCUAGAAGAGGCCAAAGCCGCUGCCAAAGCCGCACAAGAGGAAGAUAUGGAUGCCGAUUAAUAUAUCCCAGACUGACCAGUAGUAGCGACUGGAAUCUCGAUCACAGUGAGUAAAACGUUUGUUGCCAUUCAAUCCCAUCCAAUUCAGCCAGGACAACAGACCUUUUUGCAUUAAGAAAAUACUCGGUUCUCCCAGUACGGCCUGGAGAAACAAUCA